ACCACCUCGCCCUCACCAACACCACCUCAUCAGCUCAUUGCCACAAUGCCACCCUCACCAACACCAUCACCAUCACCAAGUAAGUCUAUUCUUAUGAAAACAAAAAUAAACCCAAUAGAGGGAAAGAGAACACUCCUAUAGUCCUAUCCUAUGAACAAGAAAACCUUCAGCCAUCCAUUUCUGAACUAAAUACCCAAUUGAUUCCCCUCUUGGAAGCCUCUCUAUUCUAAAAGACAACAUCUUGGGUGCUUCUUCGCCAUUAGAGCUCGAAUUCUUCAAACCCAAUUCAGAUUGCUCACUGAUUAUUUGAGUACAUAAUGGCAAUAGGUUUAAUUUGUUGCUCGUUUUCAGAGGCACACCACCUGUUCGAUGAAAUGCCGCAGUGAGCGAGCACCCUAAUGCAAGGGCGAUUGCUCUCAUAUUUCUUAGAUGUGAGACCAACCCAGUUAAUUGGAGAGGUGUAUCAGGGUUUUUACAGAAAAUUAACCAGCAAUUGACCCAGUUAAUGUUCUUCACCUUCUUUCUUCAAAAAAAAAUAUGUUCUUCACCUUCUUUUUUUUUUGUGAGAUGGCGUUAGUGAGGGUGGCAAUGAGGUAGUGGUGGUGGUGGGGUGGUGUUGGUGAGGGAGAAAGAGGAAAAAUACAGGGAGGCUGUCAAUGCCGGAAAACAUGGUCAACGCUCGGGUUCCGGCAUAAGAGGGAUAUUGUUGGACGAGAACAGCUGAAAGACAAGCCUCGAGACUGCGAUAUAAAUACUUGAAAGCAGUGUUGAGGCAAGAUGUGGGUUACUUUGAUUUAAAUGUUAGUAGUACUUCUGAAGUAAUCAUCAGUGUUACCAAUGAUAGCCUUCUCAUCCAAGGUGUAAUAAGUGAAAAGGUACCAAAUUUUGUGAGGAACGCAUCCCUAUUUGUCUCAAGCUAUGUGGUAGCAUUUUCAUUGCUAUGGAGGUUAGCAAUAGUCGGGUUUCCCUUCGUAGUUUUCCUUAUUAUACCGGGCUUGAUGUACGGAAGGAUAUUGAUGGGACUAUCUAGGAAGCUGACUCUUGAGUACAAUAAGGCUGCAGGCAUAGCAGAACAAGCAAUAUCCUCCAUAAGAACAGUCUAUGCCUUUGUAGGAGAACAGAAAACAUUAUCUAACUUCUCAACUGCUUUGGAAGGAUCAGUGAAGUUGGGACUCCGACAAGGUUUGGCUAAGGGUGUCGCUAUUGGUAGCAACGGCGUAAUUUUUGCUGUUUGGGCUUUCUGUACUUGGUAUGGUACCAAACUUGUUUUAAACCACACUGCUAAAGGUGGUACCAUUUAUAUGGUUGGUGCUGCCCUUUGUGUGGGAGGACUAGCUCUGGGUUCCAGUUUACCGAACAUUAAAUACUUCUCAGAAGCUGCUAUAGCAGGAGAGAAGAUGAUGGAAGUGAUAAACCGGGUGCCGGAUAUUGACUCGGAAAAAAUGGAUGGGCUGACCUUAGAUAAUAUAUCUGGGGAAGUUGACUUUAAGAAUGUCAGUUUUACUUACCCUUCAAGACCAGAUUCAAUAAUUUUCCGCGACUUCUCACUGCAAGUUCCUGCAGGGAAAACAGUCGCAUUAGUUGGAGGGAGUGGUUCAGGGAAAUCUACUGCAGUAGCUUUGCUUCAAAGGUUUUAUAACCCCCUCGGUGGGGAAAUACUUUUAGACGGGGUGUCAAUUGAUAAACUUCAACUUAAGUGGUUGAGAUCACAAAUGGGGUUAGUCAGCCAGGAACCUGCACUUUUCGCGACUACAAUUAAAGAGAACAUACUUUUUGGCAAAGAAGAUGCUUCGAUGGAUGAGGUCAUUGAAGCUGCAAAAGCAUCGAAUGCUCACAAUUUCAUCAGUCAAUUGCCUCAGGGCUAUGAUACACAGGUUGGAGAAAGAGGAGUCCAAAUGUCAGGUGGACAAAAGCAAAGAAUAGCAAUAGCUAGAGCAAUAGUCAAGAAACCGCGUGUCCUGCUCCUAGAUGAGGCAACUAGUGCAUUAGACUCCGAGUCAGAACGAGUUGUCCAAGAAGCACUUGACAAGGCUGCUUUGGGACGAACCACAAUAGUUAUUGCCCACAGACUCUCCACGAUUCGUAAUGCUGACACUAUUGCCGUUAUCCAAAAUGGCCAGGUGAUGGAGAUCGGUUCCCAUGAUGAGUUGAUCCAACUCAAGGAAGGGAUGUACACUUCAUUAGUCCGGCUACAGCAGAUGGAAAAAUCUAAUGAUAAUCAAAGGACUUUGUCUCACCCUUCCACCUCAAACUUACCUAUGUCUUACAAUGUGGAUACAAGACAUAGCAUGAGUAGCCGUACACUCUCAUUAGGGAGUCGCUCAAGUUCAGUCAAAUCGGUGCAUGACUUUGCCAAUGAACUUGAUACCAAGCCUAAGGGAGAUGAAAUAUUGCCUGUCCCAUCACUUGGUAGAUUGUUGUCUUUGAACUUACCCGAGUGGAAACAAGCCAUUUUGGGUUGUUUGGGUGCUAUAUUAUUUGGAGCAGUCCAACCACUUUAUGCAUUCACUAUGGGGUCUUUGAUAUCCGUAUAUUUCUUGGAAGAUAAAGAAGAGAUCAAGAGGAAGACUAUGAUUUAUGCUUGGUGUUUUUUUGGAUUGGCUGUGCUCUCAUUUAUAGUGAAUAUUGUUCAACAUUACAACUUCGCAUAUAUGGGGGAGUUCUUAACUAAGAGAGUACGAGAAAGGAUGCUAGCUAAAAUGCUUGCUUUUGAGGUUGGGUGGUUCGAUCAGGAUGAAAAUAGUACUGGUGCUAUUUGCUCAAGGCUUGCUAUAGAUGCCAAUGUUGUAAGAUCGUUGGUUGGAGAUCGGAUGUCACUCAUAGUCCAAUCAAUUUCCGCUGUUGUAACUGCAGUUACCAUGGGCUUAAUCAUUUCAUGGAAGCUAGCCAUUUUCAUGAUAGCAACCCAACCCCUAAUUAUAAUUAGUUACUACGCGAGGGCGGUUUUACUUAAAAACAUGUCUAAGAAGGCAAGCAAGGCACAAAAUGACAGUAGCAAGUUGGCUGCUGAAGCUGUAUCCAACCUUCGCAUAGUCACUGCUUUCUCGUCCCAGGACCGAAUCCUAGCAAUGCUUGAGAAGGCACAAGAAGGCCCUCGAAAGGAAAGUAUUCGACAGUCAUGGUAUGCAGGUUUUGGGCUGGGAGCCUCUCAGGGCAUGUACAUUUUUGUUUGGGCCGCUGAUUUUUGGUAUGGUGGUAGGCUAAUGGCUCAUGGUCUUCUAACUUCUAAGGCAUUGUUCCAGAACAUCAUAAUCUUAGUGACCACCGGGCGUGUCAUUGCUGAGGCCGGGAGCAUGACCUCAGACCUUGCCAAGGGUGUGGAUGUUGUUGGAUCAGUGUUUGCAGUCCUAGACCGUAUUACCAAGAUUGAUCCCGACAGUUCUGACGGAUACCAUCCUGAGAAAAUAAGUGGUCACAUAGAAAUCCAAGAUGUACAAUUUUCAUACCCUACUAGGCCCGAUGUUGUGAUUUUCAAAGGCUUCUCAAUAAAUAUUGAGGCUGGUAAAUCAUCCGCGCUAGUGGGCCAAAGUGGGUCAGGUAAGUCAACUAUUAUUGGAUUGAUCGAAAGGUUCUAUGUUCCUCUCAAGGGGUCUGUGAAAAUUGAUGGACGUGAUGUGCAGACGUAUAACCUUAGGUCCCUUAGGAAGCAUAUAGCUCUAGUGAGCCAAGAGCCUUCAUUAUUUGCCAAUACCAUACGGGGGAAUAUAGCCUAUGGAGCUAGUGAUGAGGUUGAUGAAUCAGAGAUUAUAGAAGCUGCAAAGGCAGCUAACGCUCAUGGCUUCAUAUCCGGACUAAAAGACGGGUAUGAUACGUGGUGUGGAGAUAGAGGGGUUCAAUUAUCAGGAGGACAAAAGCAAAGAAUAGCAAUAGCAAGAGCUAUUCUAAGAAACCCAGCAAUACUAUUGUUAGAUGAGGCAACAAGUGCACUUGAUAGCCAGUCUGAAAGUACUGUGCAAGAGGCACUCGAACGAGUAAUGUUUGGUAGAACAAGUGUUGUAGUGGCACAUAGGUUGAGCACCAUACAAAAGUGUGAUCUUAUCGCGGUGUUAGAGAAAGGGGUGGUUGUAGAGAAAGGUACACAUUCCUCUCUUUUGGCUAAUGGACCUAACGGAGCCUAUUAUUCUUUGGUGAACCUUCAUGGCACACCACAUCCUUCAAAUUUGGAGUAGAUAAUUAGAAAUGUGCAAUGUAGUACUAUAUAAAUUUGGAGAAAGGCGAAGUAUUGUAUUGACAUGUAUUUGCUUGUUCAUUUAGACUUUAGAGCCCAGAUAUAUGAGGUCCAAUGAGGAGCGUCAAUUGAAUCAAUUCUGUUUUCUUUAAACCUCUAAAAUAAUUAAUUGUUUAUGCUAUGCUAGAAGGAUUUGUACUUAUUUUGUUCAUUUAUUAUUACUAGUAUAACGUUGGGGUUUACAAAAUUGCCAAUAAACAUUUUGUUCGGAACACCA